AUAAGGGUCGUCGUUGGCUCGCUGUUUAUCCUGCAUCACGUUACCGCUUCUAUCUGCGUCCAGACGCCGCCGCCGCCUGUGGACGCUCCUGUCAUCUGGAGGAAACUCCUCCCAGCAGACAGCGCGUCCUGUCGCCUUUCCAGCGCAAUGGUCUCCUGGAUCAUCUCUAGACUUGUGGUACUUGUCUUUGGUACACUAUAUCCUGCAUAUUCCUCCUAUAAAGCUGUGAAGUCAAAAGAUGUGAAAGAAUACAUGAAAUGGAUGAUGUACUGGAUAAUAUUUGCCAUAUUCACAACUGUAGAAGUAUUUACAGAUAUGUUUCUCUGCUGGCUUCCUUUCUACUAUGAACUGAAGAUAGCCUUUGUGGUGUGGUUGCUGUCCCCUUACACGAAAGGAUCUAGUGUGCUAUACAGGAAAUUUGUUCAUCCCACGCUUUCCUCAAAAGAGAAGGACAUUGAUGAAUACCUCUGCCAAGCAAAGGACAAAAGCUAUGAUACGCUGGUGCAUUUUGGGAGAAAAGGGCUGAAUGUUGCAGCCACAGCUGCAGUCAUGGCUGCAACAAAGGGCCAAGGAGUUCUAUCAGACAGAUUAAGGAGUUUCAGUAUGCAAGAUCUGUCGUCUUACCAGUCUGACCCGGUUAAUACUGGUCCCAGCAAUGCACAGCCUGCAGCAGCUCAGCAUCGAACCAGAACCAUGAUGCGGAGCAAGUCGGAGAGCUACAACAAAGAUUUUGACAUGACUGAGUUUGAGGUGUUGGGGUUGGAACAAUUGGCCCCCAACGUGGUUGUGUCCCAAACCACUUCUGAGUUGGAGUCCACACCCAUUACGCUCUCUGUAACAUCCCAGUCCGCCUCACCUUCCACGCCCACUCCACCUGCCAGUCCUGCCACCUCGGAGCAGCCUGAGGAGAUAGGCAAGGAUUUUCAGGCAGCGUCAAGCUCUCCGCAGCUCAGGCUGAGUAAGAGGAAGGCUCCUGAGCCUCCUCUUAGAGUCUUAAGGCCUCUCACAAGAUCCAGGAGUGCUCUUUCUUCAAACAAUGAAGCCAUGUGAAACUGUCCUCAAGACUCCUCCAGCUGCCUUUGCUGCAAGAUUACUGAAUGGCCAAAAGCUACAUGACUGAAGCAGCCUUGCUUUGGAAUAUGGUAUAACCAAAGUGACCUAUGAUGACCCCUCUGUAUACAGGAUAUAGCUAGUGGCUCAAAAAAAAAAAACGAGUUUGAGAUUGGACAAUUGACUUAAUGGGCUCCAUGCUGAUAGACACUAAUUUGCUGGUUAUCAAAUAUGUAUUUAUGUACAGUUUGUGUGUACUUCACCCUAAUGAUUUGAUUGUUUUUAUAUACAAGGUCUGGGGAGACAGUUGCAUGUGUGUUUCCCCCGUUAUUAGUUCGCUGUUGAUUAAACAGAAUGUAUUCCCAUUGAAAACGACAGCUAGAACUGAGAAGGAUCUGCUCACUGUAAGAGAAUGUGACACAAACUGACAGUCAAAAGAAAAAGCUGUUUUAUUUAUUUAUUUUUUUUACCCAACCCCAUUGGACCUUUUUGUGGAUGCACACUGAGCAGUCUCUUAAAGAUUACCCCAAAACACUUUAGGAUUAGGAUUAGGUAGCCCAUAAUUGUAGUGAUGAAAAGUCCAUCAUAAGUGAUGGUUUUUAAGUUGGACCUUAAGAAAUAGACAUCAGACAUAAAUGUUUCCCUGUGUGCUCUAAAUAUUUCCAACAAAAUGCUUUCAUUAAACAAUAGUUUUGCACUAUAUUUAUAAUAUACAUGACUGCCCUUUGUGCUCUGACAUGGUCCAAAAUAAGGCAAAGGUUUGUGGCUCAACAUUCUCAUCAAUUAUUACUUUUGUUUGCGUUUUCUCUGUGGUAAAGACAUAAUUACUUGUAUAACAAGAAAUAUCUGUUUCAUGGAUGAACAAAAAAGUCAUUAAGAGGUCUUUUUAAGUGGAGCAGACCGUUUUUGACAAUCUCCUGUUCAGUUGCUAAUCUUUUGCUGUCACUUAUUUUACAAAUUAUUUGCCAAUUACAAAUUUACAAAUAUUGAAUCAUUCUGAGCUGUAGCAGAAAUAGAAUAUUAUUACAAGAAUAUAUAUUUAUUGUACAUAAACAUGGUUAUUUUUCCAUGUUUAGAAUCACUGUUCGAUGUUCUGCUGUUAACUGAGCAAUGCUAAGCCCAAUGCUUCUCUUGUACCUUAACUUGCUUCUCCUACUUUUUAGGAUUUCCUGAGAGUGGCUGUUUUGGUUAAUAGCAGGUGGUGAGACAUUUUAAGUUUUCAUCCUGUACUUAAUUCACUGAGCCUGAAAAUAGUUUUACACGAACUAUCACUGUGUUGGAGGGUAGACAUGUGGAGUAGAUUUACAUCAUUGCAUCGGUGUCCUUUACGGUGGUUUGAAACAAAAGCUUCUCAGGUACAAUUGUUCUGUUUACACGUCAUUCACUCAAAUGUUGUAGAUACACUUGUUAUGCACAUGAAAAUGUCCUCUUAAUGGAUAAAAUAUAAAAAAAAAACAACUAGGAUAAAAACUAAUCAUGUAUUUCAGAGUUGGUGGUAUCGGUGUGUGUUGGAAGUCAUUUUAUUUCAUGCAAAGCAAAACUGAGAAAAAGAAAAAGUUGCACGUUACACACUUGUGCGUAGACUGUGAGAUAUACCACCGCAUGAUGUUAUUAACUUUUAUGAAGUUUUGAUGAUUUAAGUAAUUUUUUGUGUCUGUGAAGCUGUUGCCCUCAUCAGACGCGUUGCUGGUAAUUAUUUUCUCAUUUUCGGUUAGUGUGGAAAUAACAAUAUGACUUACUCAACUAACACAUAAAAUGUUUUCUCUUGAGAGUUUAUUCACAAGGAAACAUCCCUCAUCUUACUAACUUAUCCCAAUAUUUCUUUUCUGGCAGGCCAGAAUGUCAAAUUACUUGAUGAUAGGUCACAACAAAACAGUGAUGUGAUGACAACAUGGUUCAUAUGACUGUCAAUUCUGGCUCCACUAGUUAAAAUAUUUUUUGGAUAAAUCAAUUUAUGACCAUUAAAUAUAAAUCAAAACUGUGUUUUUUCAU